GUUGACUUUUUUUUUAUAAUCUCCAUCGUAAGCUACUAAGCUCCAAAACACAUGUUACACGGAGAAAAGGCAAGUAUCCAACUGUUUUGCGAAGAAACUUAGCCGUACACACGGUCCACAUUUUGCUCCCCCCCAAUCCGAUACUCGAUCGAUUGAGAAUAGCACAAACCAAUUCCGGCGUCCAUUAAAGAUUCAUUUUUUUUCCAUCAUAGAUUCAUAGAUAGUAAAGUACUGGAAUAGGAUUCAAGUUUACUCAUACCAGGUGGGAGGCGUGAGCUGAAAAGCUGUGAUGGGGAAGGCUCCGAGAUUUCCGGGUAUUAGCGAAGAAGUGCAGAAGCUUCUGGGUGCGAAUAUGGACUUCGUAGAGGCCAGGCGUCGAGCCCGCGAGGCUUUCAAGGCCACCCAGCUCUCAAUAGAUCAUUUCCUGUUCAAGGUGCCACGCUCUGAUUUAAAAAUAGAGGAGUCCUAUAAGCAAAACUCCAGAGGAAUAGAGAUUUUUUCCAAAAGCUGGAUUCCGGCGACAAGUCCGCCCAAAGCUCUGAUCUGUAUAUGUCAUGGUUAUGGAGAUACUUGUACAUUUUUUGUUGAAGGUAUUGCUGCAAAGCUAGCAUGUUCUGGUUAUGGGGUAUUUGCCAUGGAUUACCCUGGAUUCGGUCUUUCUGAAGGUCUCCAUGGCUACGUACAUAGUUUUGACCAGCUUGUUGAUGAUGUCAUUGAGAAUUUCUCAAAAGUUAAAGAAAAUCAAGAAUGGUGCAGUCUGCCAAGCUUCCUCUUUGGACAAUCUAUGGGGGGAGCAGUUGCUUUGAAGGUGCACCUGAAGCAACCUCAUGCAUGGAGUGGUGCGGUUCUUGUUGCACCUAUGUGCAAGAUUGCAGAUGAUAUGACUCCACCUUGGCUAUUGGCAAAAAUACUUAUAGGGAUGGCAAAUUUUCUUCCAAAACUGAAGCUAGUCCCUCAAACAGACUUAGCUGAGGCAGCAUUCAGAGACAAGAAGAAGAGAGAACAGGCAGCUUACAAUGUCAUUGCUUACAAACAUAAACCACGUUUGAGGACUGCUGUGGAACUAUUGAGGACCACUCAAGAGAUUGAGAAAUUACUAGAAUCGGUUUCUCUACCCUUACUCAUUCUGCAUGGGAAGAAUGAUAAAGUAACAGAUCCAUCAGUGAGCCAAGCCUUGUAUGAGAAGGCCAACAGCAAAGACAAGAAGUUAAACCUUUAUGAUGAGGCUUGGCAUUCCCUUCUGGAGGGUGAGCCAGAUGAGAUGAUUCACAGAGUAAUUGGUGACAUUAUUUCUUGGCUUGAUCAACAUACAUAAUUAUAUAUACACAUUAUUAUACACACACAUACACGGAUUAAUGCACAAUGUAAUCCCUAUUGUGUAUGAUACCUUUACUGGUGUAUAUAUUAAUGUAUUGUGAGAACUAAUGCAUAUGUUGAAGCAUGAAGUUUGUUUUAUUUUAGCAUCUAAAAAAUAAGCACUCACAUGUUGCACAUUCCCCAUCCAUCCAUAUUUAAUCUUGUAUUCAGCGCUUGUUUUGCAUUCCUUUACCAACCAAAUUUUCUACCAUAAAUCCAUACUUUGUUUACGGCAGCUGAAUUAAA